GGAAUCCAUCUGAUGGUACAACAUCAUUCCACCUGUUCAAUGACAAGUAUAUAUUGAUGAUUUAUAAAAGUGUUUUCUUCAAUCGGCCGGCUUUAAAGGCCGCCCAAAUUCCUCCCAUGGCAAACUAUUUGCUUUGUCGAUAACAGAUUGGCUGAAUAUAAAAUGCCCAAAUAAAAGAAGUGGUAGUCCAUGAUUCGACUGUGUAGCAUUCCUCCCUCAGUUUCAUUUUCAACAAAACCAGUUCUUUGGCGAUUGCCAUCAUCAAAAAUAAUGAUUUAAUUUCAGUUUCUGCAGUUGCAGAAAAGUAUUCGCAAUUUCAAUCAAUUGCUGCGGAAUCCCAGGUCGUUCAUAUUCAUCAUUAUCACCACCACCAUCAUCAAUGGCUGAUAAGCCAAGAGUAGGGUGGAUUGGUACUGGUGUUAUGGGCCAGGCAAUGUGUGGCCACAUUCUCUCAGCAGGCUAUUCAGUCCGAGUUUUUAAUAGAACCCCUUCAAAAGCUCAACUCCUAAUUGAGAAAGGAGCUAUCUUGACAGACAGCCCUAAGUCUGUUGCAGAAGAAAGCGACGUGGUUUUUAGCAUUGUGGGUUACCCCCAUGAUGUCAGUGAAGUAAUCCUUGGAAAUAAGGGGGUUUUACAGGGGCUAAAACCAGGGGGAGUGGUCAUUGAUAUGACCACCAGUGAGCCCUCUUUAGCUCGAAACAUAUACAAUCUUGCUAAAGAAAAGGGAUGUGAAUCAAUAGAUGCACCGGUCUCUGGUGGGGACAAGGGGGCCAAGGCUGGAAAACUGGCAAUUUUUGCUGGGGGUGAAGAAAAGAUUGUGGAGAAGUGUAAACCCCUUUUUGAUUGUAUGGGCAAGGUCACAUACAUGGGGGGACCAGGUUUAGGGCAGUGUACUAAGCUGGGUAAUCAGAUAACCAUAGCUUCAACCAUGGUUGGACUGGUGGAAGGGAUGGUUUUUGCUCACAAGGCAGGGCUUGAUGUUGAGACCUAUAUCAAGGCUAUUUCCACUGGGGCUGCUGGAUCCAAGUCUCUGGAUUUAUAUGCGAGUAGGAUUUUGAAGAGAGAUUUUGAUCCUGGGUUUUUUGUGAACCAUUUUGUUAAGGACUUGGGAAUCAGUUUGAGGGAAUGCCAGCAGAUGGGAUUGUCACUUCCUGGGCUUGCACUUGCACAACAAUUGUAUGUGUCUCUUAAGGCUCACGGGGAAGGUAAUCUUGGUACUCAGGCUCUGAUUCUGGCAAUAGAGAGGCUUAAUAAUGUGCAGCUUCCGAAGAUUGAGUAGAUAUGGUUUGUCUGUCCAUUAUCAGCAUUAGCAAAAUCCAUAUGGGCUAAUUUUUUCCAAUUGGCUGCAUUCGGAGAAUCAACAAUAAUGUGCAACUUUAACUUUGAUUGAUUGGUAUAAGAUGCUUGUCUUUUGAUCUCGUCCCCACGCAAUGGUAAAACCAAUUACUCUAUAAGACCUUACAUGUAUAGUUUCACAUUUUACUGGUUCGCAUCAUUGAGAUCUCCAAUUUCAAGUUGAUUAGGAAUUCUGCAAAAUCAAAUGGAACUUGUUUAAAUAUUGUAUGGUUUCAGAACCUGAUUUUGAUCAAUCUGCAAGACAUGCUUGUCUUUUUAUCUUGUUGCCACUUGUAAUGAAUUGUUCUAUUAGAGUUAUAAGAAUAUUUCCAGUUUGUUCUGGAUAAGCUGCAUUUUUCACCGA